AAAGUCUACCUUCAGCAGCCCAACAGCAACAUAUUCUUCCUGUCUGACAAAGGAGAGACCUUGAGCUCCUGUAAAAAAGAACUGGACAAAAUGAAGAAGGAUUAUCAAGAUAUGUAAACCUUUAAAAAAAAAAAGAGCUGUAUUCCAGCCAGAAUGUGUGGGAUCUGCUGUGUGGUGAACCUGAGUGCGUCCUCUCAAUGUGUACUUCAGAAACAUGUGCGUGAAAAGCUCCAAAACAGAGGACCCCACUCUAGCCGUGAUAUUACAGAAACAGCUUCACGAUACAGCUGCCUUUUUUCUAGCCAUGUGCUUCAUAUGAGGGGAGUGUUGACUCCCCAGCCUCUACAAGAUGAUGAUGGUAAUACUCUCCUCUGGAACGGUGAGGUGUUUGGUGGGUUACCAGUGGGAGCUGAGGAAAACGACACUAAAGUUGUUAUACAGCAUCUGUCUCUUUGUAAAAACCCUUCAGACUUAUUAUCUGUCCUCUCUCAAGUUAAGGGACCCUGGUCCUUUAUUUAUUACAGUAAAGUUAAUCAAUGUAUCUGGUUUGGAAGGGAUUUCUUUGGGAGGAGGAGCCUGCUGUGGAGCUGUGGGUCUGAGGAGGGCUCAUUUACACUGACCUCAGUGUCUUCUCGCUUGCCAGAUUCUGAUUCGUCCAAGUGGCUUGAAGUACCAGCAGUUGGUGUUUACAGGUUGGACUUGAAAAGCUGUUCACAGGGUGGGAAGUUGAAACUUGAGCUCUAUCCAUGGGUUUAUCUUGGAGAUGAGCCUUCAAAUGACUUCAGCUCUGAAGGUCUUCCCAGUUCUGUCUCAUUGGUUAUGAAUAAUGCUGGACUCCAGCUCAAUUUUCCUGUUAAUCCAAUGAAUACAUCCAUACAAGCAGUUGAUUCUAAUGAUGAACCUAAUCACACAUUUUCUCUGACAUCCUCUGAUGACCUAAAAGAGUUUCUUCUAAAAAGCACAAAAAAACAAGAACUUGUGAGGAGCCUUAUAGAUGUCCUUAGUGAGGCCGUCCGCAGAAGAGUCCAGUCACUGCCCUAUACUGAUAAUGUUAGUCCAACUGAAACACCAAAGUCAGAUGAAGCACAAGUUGCUAUACUCUUCUCUGGUGGAAUCGAUUCGAUGAUUCUGGCUGUUCUCGCUGAUCGCCACAUCCCUCCUGACAAACCAAUCGACCUUCUCAAUGUUGCUUUUAAGCUUCAGGAGCGUAAAAUGAAUCAGGGAUCCAAAAAGAAACAACACAAGAACAAGAACAACGGCGAGCAUGUCAAUGUCAGUGUGAAUGACAUCACAUCAUCAGAUCAGCGCACCUCAAACUGCUUCGACGUUCCAGACAGAAUCACGGGUCGAGCUGGUCUACAAGAGCUUAAAAAGAUCAGUCCUUCACGAAAAUGGAACUUUGUUGAGAUUAACGUCACUCAGGAGGAGCUGAAGGAAAUGCGGGAGAAGCGUAUCUGCCACUUGGUGCAUCCUUUAGACACUGUCCUGGAUGACAGCAUUGGAUGUGCUGUGUGGUUUGCAGCUAGAGGAACUGGAAUCGUAUCAGAGGGAGCAGAAGAGAAGGAUCACACUUCAAAUGCAAAGGUGGUUCUGACUGGAAUUGGAGCAGAUGAGCAGUUGGCUGGCUAUUCCAGACACAGAGUACGGUUUAAGAACUCAGGUCUUGAAGGCCUGGUCAAAGAGCUGGCCAUGGAGCUGGGCAGGAUAUCUUCCAGGAAUCUCGGGCGUGAUGACCGCAUCAUUGGAGAUCAUGGAAAAGAGGCCAGAUUUCCGUAUCUGGAUGAGGACGUGGUGAGCUUCCUGAACAGUCUGCCGGUGUGGGAGAAGGCAGAUCUGUCUCUGCCCCGGGGAAUCGGGGAGAAGCUGCUGCUGAGACUGGCCGCUGUAGAGCUAGGGCUGGGCCCCUCUGCUGUUCUGCCCAAGAGAGCCAUGCAGUUCGGCUCCAGAAUCGCCAAGUUGGAGAACAACCAUGAAAAGGCAUCAGAUAAAUGCAACAGACUGGUCACCAGUUAGCGCAGGCUUUCAAAAAUCAUGUUUAUUACACAAAAACUCAAUCUGUACAUGUUUAUAAAAAAAUAUUUUCCCCCUAAAGCUGCUUGUCAUCAGUGAAUUUGGGUUCCAUUGUUCUCCAUUCAGUUCUUCAUUUACAGGAAGUUUUUAAUCUGUUUCUGAUUGUAAUGAAAUCUAUAAUAAAUAAAUGUCUGGAUUUUUAA